AUGCUCUCAGACAACGGAGAGGUUUCUUUCAAGGCCGUCGUCGCCACUGGCCUCGUCCGUGGCGCCUGUGGCAUGCAGAAGACUUCUCCUGUCUGCUCCGCAGCGCUGGGGAGGACAAUGAUCUGUGCCCUGCUGAUGGCGCAGGGGAAGAAGGACGCGGAGAUGUACGGAGAUCAGGCGAAGGAGACGCUACAGAUUGACAUCAGGGGCGAUGGACCCAUCAAGCAGGUGUUCGCCAUCGCUGAUGGUGCAGGGGAGGUGAGAGGGUACACAGCUAAUCCCUUCGUCUUGCUGCCUCCCAACGACAAGGGAAAACUUGACGUGUCGAGGGCGGUAGGCAAGGGCUUCAUUACUGUUGUGCGCAACAAUCCGUUCUGGAAGCAGCCGUACAACGGUAUCACUUCCAUCGUGUCCGGGGAGAUUGCCGAAGACAUGGCCAACUACCUCACAGAGAGCGAGCAGACGCCUUGCGCGCUCGGAGCUGGCGUGCUGGUGGAGACGGAGACGGAGGGAGUGGUGGUAGCGGGUGGAUGGCUGGUUCAGAUGCUGCCCGGGGCAUCAGACGAGACCAUAUCCAUUGUAGAGAAGAACAUCAUGAACCUUCAGAUGUCACCUACAUCGCUUAUCAAGAGCGGCAAGACUGCUCGAGGUCACCAGCCUUUAGCUCCCCCUCUCACUCCUCUCCUCCUCCUCUCCCACCUCUUUAAGUCUAGAGCUUUGAUCCUUAUUGCUUGCUCACCCUACGUCCUCUCCCCACCUCUUUAA